AUGGAUAAAGAUUUAAGUAAUAAAUUAAAAAUGCAAAAUUCAAAUAAUAUAUCUUACUCAAAUUUUAACGGAAUAGAUUUUUUAGAAACAAGAAAUGAUUUAUAUUUAAAUAAUUCAGAUGUAGAAAAUUAUGAUAAAAUAAGAAGUAACAAUAUAAAUUUUACGAAUAUAGAUAAUUCAAAAUGGAAUUACGACAAUCAAACUUUAAGACAAAAUUAUGACAUCAACACUUCUAAUGAAAUAAAUUCUAAUAAUAUAAAUAUAUAUGACUCAAAUAACAAUAUUAUGAAUUAUCAAAAAAAAAUAAAUAAUUGUAAUAACAUGAGACAAAAUAAUAUGGCUUAUUUAGAUUCAAAUACACUAAACUCUAAUAAUAUUUAUAAUUUUAAUCAAGUUUAUAAUGAAAAUAAUCCUUUUGUUAUAAAGUCGAAUACAGCGGAUAAUAAUUUACAAAAAAUGAAUUCUCCAUAUUUUAAUGUAAUGAAAUAUUCUGAUUAUUAUAAUUCUAAUAAUUGUAUAUAUAAUACAAAUAUUUUAAAUACUAGUAUAUCAGAUAAUCAAAAAAAUUAUUCAAAUAAUUCAAGUCCAUACAAAAAUGAUUACUUAAAAUUUAACUUGAAUUCUGUUAAUGCCAUAAAUCAUAAUUUGAAUUUUUCAAAUGCAUCUAAUUCUAGUAAUGCUAAUUCGAACGUAUUUAGUAGCAAUAUGACAACACCAAGCAUAAAUAUUAUGAAUUUUAAUCCUAUUAACUCUUGCAAUAUAAAAUAUAAUUCGAACAUGUUUGAUUUUACAUCAACUGGAAAUAUUAAUUCCUUAAAAGUUAAAGAUCUUAAUCUAAGUGAAUUGAAUCCAAUACAUUUUCAAGAAUCAGAUUUAUCUAAUUAUUCAAAUGGAAUUUUGAAAAAUGUAAAUUUUUUACAUACUCCUGCUUCUUAUAUUAUCUCAAAUAAUAAUGACUCUAAUAGUUAUAUUUCCUCGAAUAAUAGUAAAUGCUUAAAUUCUAACUUUUUAAAAGUUCAUGCUAUAAAUUGUAAUGAUUCUAAUAUAAUAAAAGAACAAUCAAAUCCAUUAACUUUUUCUGAAUGCAAAUUUUUUUACAAUGAUAAACAAAAAAUACUGAAUCAAGAGAACUCAUCUAUAGAAAAUGAAAAAAAGGAAAAAAGAAAAAGAAAGGAUAAGGAUUUAGAAACAUAUGAAAAAGAAAAAAAAAAAAAAAUAGAAGGAAAUGAAAAAAAUGAAGAAAAAACAAAGAAGAAGGAAGCACAUUUAAUAAAUAGCAAUAUUGAUAUUCAAAAAAAAAAACAUAGGAGUGAAACAAUUUUAAAAAGUGUAGAUGAAAAUGAAAAGCAAAAAAAAAAGAAUUAUGAUGAAAAUAAUGAUUACAUAAACAAAAAUUUUGAUAUAAAUAAAAAAAGCUUAAAAAAAAAAAAGGAAAAUAAUAUGAUAAAAAAAAAUAAAAAUAAUAGAAAAAAUUUAAUAAAUGAGAAAAAAAUUUUAAAUAUUGAUGAAAAAAAUUCUGAUAAGUUUAAGGAAUCCCAUGAAAAUAGUGAUGAAGGGAUAAAAAUGAAUUCAAAAGAUAGAAAUGAAAAGCAAAUAGUAGUAUGUAAACGAAACAGUAAUGUUUUAAGAAAAAUAAUUGAUUUUGAAAAUACGGUAGAAGACAAAGAAAAUGAGAAAUUAUCCAAUAAAAAAAAAGUAAAUAUAAAACACAAAAAAGAUGUUAAUAUUACAAAUAUAGUUAAGAGAGAUACCAUAAAAGAUAGAUUAAGAUCAAGUACAGAAAAAACUAAUUUAGAAAAAAAUGAGAAAAAUAGAAAUAAAUUUAUAAAUCAGGAUAAUAAUAUCAAAUCUUUAUCAAAAUAUGAUUUUCUUAUGAAUAAAAAUAUCCUUUUCAAAAAUGUUAACAUAGGAAAUAAAAAGAUCAAUAACAACAUGGAAAUAAAUUAUGGAGAAAAACAUUACAAUAUAUCAAAAGAGAAGAAUAAUGAUAUAAAUGAAAAAAAACGGAAAUUUAAAGAUAAUGGUGAAAUAGAAGAUAACUUAAAAGAUGUGAAAAUAGAAUCAUAUAGUAAAAGUGAAAAAAAAAUAAAAAGGAAUAAAAAUGAAAAUGUAUAUUACACAGAAAGUGAGAACAAUAAAAACGAAAUAGUGGAUGGUAAAAAAUGUUCAUCAAAAAAUAAAAUAUAUAGUGAAAGAAAAGAAGAUGAGAAUGAAGGCCUUAAAAAUAUAGAAGAGAAAAAAAAAAAUAAAAUAGAAAAAAAAAACAACAGUAAUUUUAUUAAUAACAAAGAGAAUGUAGCAAAUACAAUAAAAUAUUGUGAACAUAUAGAAGAAAAAGACACAGUGGAAACAAAAUAUGAGAAAAAAAAAAAUAUAUAUAAUAUAAGAAAGGAAAAUACAAAUUAUGAUAAUAAAAAAGAAAAGAAAAAAAUUGGAAAAAUGAAAAACAAACAAAAUAGUGAAAAAAUUGUAAUUAAAAAAUUAGAAGAAAAUGAUGAUGAAAAAAUAAAAGAAAAAGAAGAAUUAAAGAAUUUAAUAUAUGAAAAAAAAAAAAAACUUAAAAUAAAAAAUGUUAGUAAAGACAAUCAUAUGGACAUGGAAGUUAAAGGCAAUAAAUCUUUAAAUGAAAAAAUUAGAGAAAAUAAAGAAAGUGAAUAUACAAAUAAUGAAAAUAAAAUAAUACUUAAAGAGGACAAAUAUAUUAGUAAAGAAAGUUAUGCAUCGAUGAAAGAGAAUGAAUGCAAUAAUGAAAAUAAAAUAAUAAAAGAAGAAAAAGAGUGUCCAAAUACUGAAAAUAAAAUACGAUAUGAAAUAAGUGAAAUAAAUGAAUUUAAAGAUAAUGAGAAUAAAUUAAUAAUAAAAGAAAGUAAAUAUGAAAAUAAGGAAAAUAAUAAGUUAAUCUCAGAUAAUGACUGUAAAAAUAAUGAAAAAGAGACAAUAAUAAAAGAAAAUGAAAUGUUAAUAAAAGAUGAUAAAAACAAAAAUAAUGAAAAUGAAAAUAUUUAUUUAGACAUAAAUGAUAUAUGUGAUACAAAAGAAAAUAUAUUAGAAAAAGAACUGAAAAUAAAUGAAAGUAAUAAUAAAUAUCAUACAGCAAAUAAUUUCAAUAUUGGUGAUAAUAAGUGUGUUUUAAAUGAUAGUUUGGAUAUUAAAAAGAAUAAAUAUGACAUAAAUAAUGUAAAAUGUGCAAUAAAUAGUUUGAAUGAUGAAAAUAAUGUGAAUAAUAAUUUAAAUAAAAUAAAUGACAUAAAAAGGAAAGUAUUUGCUGAAAAGGAGGACAUGGAUGAUAAAAAUAAUUAUCAAAUUACUAAAUCAGUGAUUGAUGAAAAUAUUGAUAGUAAUUUGUUUUGUAAUUAUGAUAAAAAAAAUAGUGUUAAAGAUUUAACUAGGGACUUAUAUUCUUCAACUGAUGGAAAUAAUGACAUAAUAAAUAAUAAAAAAAAAAAAUUUUGGUCUAAUUUAGGUUCUAUUAGUUAUAUAGACAACUUUGUUGGAAAAGGGUCAUAUGGAAGUGUUAGAAAAGUUUUAUAUAAUAUUGAUUUAAAUCAUGAGCAUCUAAAAUUUUAUAUUGAUAAAAUAAAUAGUAGAGAAUUUAUUAAUUUAUUUUUAGAAACUAAUUCUGUAAAAAUGAAUCCAGAAUUUAGUGGGGAGGCAGAUAAUAUCAUUCAUGAUAAAAAAGACAUAAAAAAAAAUUUCGAAAAUAAUUCUAAACACAUUAAUGAUAAAAAGAAAGAGUUACAUAAUUUUGGAAAUGAUUUAUUAACAAAUAAAAAGGUAGACAAUUGUCUUUGUUGCUAUAAUAAAAGAUAUUUUGAAUUGGCUAUCAAAGAAAUAGAUGUUAGUAGAAAAGGUAAUGAGUUUCAAUUUUUAAGAGAACAAGAAUUAUUAUGUCAUUUUAAUAGUAAUGUUAUAAAACCAUUAAGUACUAAAAUUGGAAAUUUAAAAGAAAAGCAAAAUUACGAAAUAUUAAUGCAUUGUGCUAAUGGAGAUUUAAGAAAACUGUUACAGAAUUUAAUAUAUCAUAGAAAAAAAGAAUUUGAAAAAAGAAAAAAAGUUAAUAAAAUUUUAAAAUUAAUUCAUAUCAUAUUUGGAAGGAAAUAUAAAUGCUACAAAAAUGAAAAUGAUAACACUUGCAUAGGUUUAUGUUAUGAAAAGUUAAAAAAAAUAAAAAUAAAAUUAAAUAAUAGUAUAAUUGAGAUCAAAUAUCCUAAAUUUGAUCAUAUAUAUGAUAAUAUAAAAAUAUAUAAUUGUGGUUUAACAGAAUCAGAAUGCAAAUUUUUGUUUUUUCAAAUAGUAAAUGGUAUUAGUUUUAUACAAACAUGUUAUCAAUCUAAUAUAAUACGUGUAACUGAUAUUAAAUUACAAAAUAUAUUAGUUUAUACUGAUGCAUAUAAUUUAUAUAACCCAAUGAAAUGGCAUUUAUGUAUAUCUGAUUUUGGUUGUUCUGCAAUGGAAUAUGCUACCUUUUAUCUAGAAAAUUCUAAAAAUUAUCUUAACGUAUAUAAAACUUUAUUAAAUCAAUGGAAAUAUCAAUUCAAAAAUCAGUUAUCUUCUUACUUUCAAGGAACAGUUUAUACAAUGGCACCUGAAGGAUUAUGUUAUGAUCAUAAGGGAAAUUUUAGACAAUCAAAAUAUAAUAAAUUAAUUUAUUUUUAUGAACAAAAUUUUGGUAAUAUUGAACGUAGGUUUCAGGAAUUACAAAAACCAUUAGUUUCUAUUAAAAAUUCUGUAAAUAAUUUUGAUAUAUUAAAUAUAAACUCAUCAUCUAAUUUUCAUUUUUUAAAUGAAAAAGAUGAAAAAUUGAAUAAUACUAAGGAGGUAAAAAGUGAAUUAGAUAAUAAAGAUUCUUUAAAAAAGAGUAAUUUUUUAUCUAAUAAUAUGACCAUGAAAAAUAAAAAUAAUGAAAAAAUUAAUUCAAACGAAAAAAAUAAUUUAACUGAAAAAACUAAUCAUAAUAAUAAUUCAACUGAAUAUUUACCUUUCGAUGUAAGAUGUGAUAGUUGGUCUUUAGGAAUAAUUUUAGCUGAUCUUGGAAAAUGUGGUAUAAGUUCAUAUGAAUAUAUGGUUUCAGAAAAACCAAAUGAAAAUAGUAAUAAUAUUAUGGGAAAAGAAAAAAAUAUAGACUUAAAUAAUAUAAUUUUAAAUGAUUUAAAUGUUACAGAUGAUGAGGAAAUAUUUUAUUUAAAAUAUAUAAUGAAUUAUUAUGAUAUUGGGACAUUAGAAUGGAAUGAUAGAGAAAUAGAAAAUGAAAAAAUUAAAAAAAGUAUUAACAAAAAUGAAAAAAAGGUAAAUGAAAAAGAAAAUGUGAAUAUUAAUAAUUUAAAUAAGAAUGAUUUGAAUAAUCAAAAAGAAAAAAAUAUGGGUCAUAAUACUAUUUUAAGUAAAAAUUAUUCUAUUUGUGAAGAUAUAAAAGAUGUAGUGGAAAAUGAACUUUUAAAUAAAGGUAGUUUUAAUGAUGAGAAUAAAAAAAAUGUAGGAAAUGAAUUUUUAAAUACAAAUGAUACUAAUAAAGAAAAAGAAAACAAAAGCACAAUAAAGGAUAUUUCUAAUAAAGAUAAAAAAAAUGGAGACAAUAAUUUAGAAAAUUUAGAAUUAUUUACAAAACAUUACAAAUUAUUUAUGUUAAAAUAUAAAGAAUAUUUAAGAAAUGAUAAAGUUGUGACUAUCAAAAAUGAGUUUAUAAAAUAUUACAAAAUGAAUAAAUAUAUUAUGAAUGAAAAUAAUAUAGAUAAAACAUUGUUGUUAUUAUUUUUAAUAAUUAAUAACAACAUAUCUUAUAAUUAUAAUUAUGAAGUUCAAUCAUUUUUAAAAAUAGAAUUAACUAUAAAAAACCUUGGUUCAGGAAUAUUUAAAUUUAGGAAUAAGAAAGAAAAGGAAAAAUAUUUACAAGAAUUUAAAAUGAAUUUACAAAAAGAAUAUAUGAAUGGAAACAAAGAGUACUGGCAUAGCAGAUUAACAAAUAAAUACUUAGCUAUUAUUUUAAAAGAUAUAUGUCAUGAUAAUUUUUCAAAUAGAAAAAAAAAUAUUAAAAAAUGUUUUAAUAAAUUUGAAUAUCCUCUAAAUUAUAGUGAUGAAUACUGGAAUUUAUUAACUGACCUUUUAAAUUAUGUACCUUAUGAAAGAUUAUUAGCCUGUGAAAUUAUUGGUCAUGAUUUUUUUUCUCUAUCCAAUGAAAAAAUAAAAAAUAUAAAAUUUGAAAAUGCUAAUGAAUAUAAUGAAUUAUUUGAUAAAAAGGAAUUUUGUGAUAUAAUAUUAAGAAAUUAUUUACAAGAAAAGAAAGAAAAUAAAUAUUUAUAUAAAUCGUUACAUAAAAAUUCAGAAAUAAAUAUUGAUAAUUCUGAUAGUAGAAAAAAUCAUUUAAAAAAUAUAAAUAAAAUGAAAGAAGAAAAUGUUUCUAUUCAAUCAGACAAUCAUAAUAAUAUAAGAAAAAAGGAAAAUGAAUUCAAGAUACAUAAAUGUGUGAUAAAUGAAACAAAUAAUAAUCAGACAAACAAUUUUAUAUCAACUUUAUAUGAUACAAUUAUUAGAAAUAUGAAAAAUAAAUGUGAUUUUUGUGAUAAUAUAAGUAAUUGUUUAGAUUAUAAAAACAUUUUAAGAAAAAUUGAAAAUAUAGAAAAUGGCCUUUUAAAUACUAAUGAUAAUAAUAUAAAUAUAGUAAAUGAAAAUCAUAAAAAAAAUAAAAUUUUAUACCCAAGUAAUAUAUGUAACAAUAUAUAUUAUUUUUUAAAUGAAUUUUCUUUAUAUAGUGAGUUCAAAAAUUUGGAUAUAUUUAUGAAUAUACAUUUACCAUUUGAACACUUAUGUCUACCAAUAUGUGAUGAAAAAACAGUUAAAAAUAAAUGUUUAAUUAAUUUCUUUUUUAAACCAAUUUAUUAUUAUUCUUUUCCCUAUAAAAUUAUACAUGCCUGGUAUAUAGGUCCGCUACAUAUUUAUUUGAAUCAUCCCAAUAUUCCUGAUUAUAUAAAACUUAUUUGUUUAAGAGAAUCAAAUGUUUUAAGAAGAAAAGAAAUUAUUUUUUGGUCUUCUGAGGAUAUCAUUUUAAAAAAUAUAUUAAAAAUCAAAAAGCUUUUAAACUGUUCCAAUGAUUUUUUAUGUACUCCUUAUGUUUCACAUAUAAUAGGAAAACAAUUAAUAAUGAGAAAACGAUAUCUUUUAAAAUUAUAUAAAAAAAAAAUUGUUUAA